UAAGGAAUGUACUUUGCAACUGUAUACUAUGUACAUACUAUGAACGUACGGUAUAUCUCGUAUCUACUGCGUAUAUACACAGCACUUGGUGUGCUAUGUGGGUACAGUCACAAAUGCGCAGGGAGUAUAAUUAGACCGAAAUACGUGCUUACUACAGCGAGGUGUAUUAAACACGACGUCCCGAGCAACCUUCAGGUUUUUGUUGGCUCAAUCCAUCUACACUAUGGAGGUGCCAUCUUCCGAGCCGUACAGUUGAUCACCCACCAGUACUUCGACAACUCCACAUUAGCGGACAACGUUGGCUUGAUCAAGACCGUGGGGAGUAUGCUGACCGCCCCCAAAACACGCGUUGUUCCGCUACCGAAUGAUUUCACCUACCCCGGGGAACCGUGCAUAUUCUACUCAUGGAAUAUGAGUAAUGGAUCACCUCCUUUUUCCGCAACUCUACGCUACGUUAAUAAAAGUGUAAUGUCACUUGCAGACUGUCAAAGCCGUUGGUCGGUUAACAUUGUGACGAUUCAGAACCUCUGCACUGAUUACGCCGCUGGAGGGUGCACCUUGGGCGAAGGGGCGCCAUUGGUAAAAAACGGUAGUCUAGUUGGUAUGUUCUCUCUUGGAGGUACGUGCGUUGGUGGCAAACCGGAUGUUUAUGUGGAUAUCAAAAGUUAUGUAAUUUGGAUUAAUUCAGUUGCCACGGAUUAAAUGUUCGAUUUAUCUAGUAACUAGUUUUACUCGUGGUAUUGGGCAAUUAACUUCAACUUUCCCAAUAAAAAUACAACGUACCACA